AUGAGAAACGAUAGGAUCAAGAUCAAGAAGCAUUACAUCAUUUUUCUCAUCUUGAGUGGAAGUCGGGGGACUGGGAGAGAGAGGGAUUUCUUGGGUAGAGGCGGCAAGGAGGUUACGGAUCUCGACGGUAUGAAGGGUUUGCCAGCGGCUGCCGAGGAUGAUAAGGAGCGGAUAACCGACCAGUUCGGCGAGAGUGGCCAGUCGGAUGGCAGACGGAAGGCUGCGGCGGCCUCGGGGCCGCCCGGAAUGACGAUGCAGACCUUGAAUUGCGCGACUGCGAUCGGGCCAGCGAAGACCGCCACCAAUCGGCCUGGACACUCGACUACAGAGCCCAAUCGCACCCACUAA